UUAUUUUUCCUAUGUACGUGUAAUUGAUUGAAAAACACCAACAAACUUUAAUGAAAUAUUGAAUUUUGCAGGAGCAAGACGUCGAUGCCAUUCAUCCUGGUAAUGGAUUCUUGUCAGAAAGAUCGGAUUUUGCUCAAGCAGUCAUCGAUGCUGGUAUCCGGUUCAUUGGCCCUUCUCCUCAUGUUAUGCAACAAAUGGGUGACAAAGUAGCCGCCAAACAAGCAGCAAUCGAUUGUGGCUUGCCUAUUGUACCCGGAACCCCUGUACCAAUCACCACGACUGAGGAAGCUAUGGAGUUCUGUCUUAAACACGGUUUGCCCGUUAUUUUCAAACCUGUCUAUGGACAUGAUGGAAUAGGAAUGAGAGUUGUCCACAAAAUGGAGGAUUUAAAAGAAAAUUUCGAAAGAGCCAGUUCAGAGGACAAAAAUGCUUUCGGAAAUGGCGCAGUGUUUAUAGAAAAAUUCGUCGAAAAACCAAGGAACAUCCAAGUCCAGUUGUUGGGUGACAAAGCCGGUAAUGUUGUUCAUCUUUACGAAAGAGAUUGCUCUGUUCAGCACAGACAUAAGAAAGUUAUCGCAAUUGCCCCAGCGCCUCGACUAGACCCUGAGGUCAGAGAUCAAAUGAUUGAUGGAGCUGUGAAAUUGGCCAAACACGUUGGGUACUCGAACGCCGGAACUGUUGAAUUCUUGUGCGAUGAAAAAGGCAAUUUUUAUUUCAUCGAAGUAAACACUCGAUUGCCAGCAGAGCACACUGUUACCGAAGAAAUCACCGAUAUCGAUUUAGUCGAAUCUCAAAUAAAAGUAGCCGAAGGAGUCACGUUACCCGAAUUGGGCAUCACUCAGGAAAACAUUCGACCCCGAGGAUAUGCCAUCCAAUGCGGUAUCACCACCGAAGACCCUGAUAGAUGUUUCUUACGAGAUAAUGGAACAAUCAGAAAAAGGAGGAGCCGAGGAGGUAUUGGCAUCCGUCUAGGUGGAGCUUCAGAUUGCGCUGGUACCUUUAUUUACCCUUAUUACGACUCGUUGUUAGUAAAAGUUACCGCCCGCGCUGCUGAUUUUCCAGCCAGUUGUUCAAAAAUGUUUAGAGCUUUAAAGGAAUUCCGUAUUCAGGGAGUCGAGACAAACAUUAGAUUCCUUUCAGCAAUAUUGAAAAACAACCGAUUUAAAAAUGCUGCUAUGCACACACAAUUCAUUGAUGAAAAUCCCCAUUUGUUCUCCAUUCAACUUUCAAAUAUGGCCCGUGUUCUGAUCAACAGGCCUUCAAUGUCAUUGGCAAGUAGCCUGAAACCCACCGAAGUCAGUCCAGCCAAGUCAGCAAUUUCCAUAGAGUGCAACUACCCUGAAUCUGACCUAACAAUUCUGGAGCUUAAAGAAAUGAUUGAAGAAUUGCUAGAAGAAUUGCUAGAAGAAGCCAUACAAGAAAACGAGGCGAUCCUCCAAAUGAAAUUAGAGGAGGCGAUCCACCAUAUGAAACCAAGCAGGGCCCGGGACUUGGCACAGUGGGCAAUAGACAUAGACAGAAAUUUUUAUUUUUCAAAUUAAGACAAAUUGCAUGGAGUGGGGCAAAUGAACGCCAACGUCGCCAACUGAACAAAAUUAUUCAAUACAUUUUGAACAAAAAACAUCAAUCAGACCAGAACAAUAUCUUUCAAUUUUAUUCAAAUUAUUCGCUAUUUUUCGUGUUUUAGACUUCAUUUUUAUGAUAUGUAUGUACUACAUAGGUAGGUAACUCAAGUUUUGUUUUGUCUUUCAAAGGCGGUAAAAGGCUUAACUUUCAAAGCACAAAUAAAAAAUCUUUCUAUGUAUAAUUAGA